GCAGUCUCUGGUCAUCCCCUGCACUGUGGUCCGCAGUCUCUGGUCAUCCCCUGCACUGUGUCGGCAGUCUCUGGUCAUUCCCUGUUACUGUGUCCGCAGUCUCUGGUCAUCUCCUGUACUGUGUCCGCAGUCUCUGGUCAUCUCAUGUACUGUGUCCGCAGUCUCUGGUCAUCCCACUGUACUGUGUUUUUCUGCAGUCCAUUGGUUCAGAAUAUUUUUUUUUCUUGUUUUUCACCACUAAAACCUAGGUGCGUCUUAUGGUCAGGUGCGUCUUAUGGAGCGAAAAAAUACGGUAUA